AUGGCAGCCAUUUUGGAGGAGAGUCCAGUGGCUCUACCGCGACACUGAAUUCAUGCAUACUUGUGUUUUUUUGGUUGUUGAUUUUGACCAACUGAAACGUCAUUUUGGACACAUUUUCUACAAUAAAUGUAUGGUGGUCAUUUAAAUUUGGGGGGCUAUGUCGUUUGUUAUUGUAGUGGUUUGGCUAAGUUCCUUAAGUUCACCCCUCAUGAGUUAUUAUAACUUAAUGUUCAGUGCUGUUUAAUUAUAUUGCUAAUAAUGGAGAAAGUACGACGAAUCUUGGUGCAUUUAUCCAAAGAAAGCGCAGCUCCACACUGUGCCCAGUUUGUUCAGAGCAUUACUGGACACUUUACUGGACAUCUUGACGACCAAACAACUGUGACUUGUUCCCUGGAAAACAACCGGUUUAUUCUGUGUCAGGGAAGUCAUGAGAGGGGCGUGCCUCUUAAGAGGGCGCCGUUCUGCCCAAUGAAAUUGCUCUCUCCCUCAGAGGCGGCGUCGCUUUCACCAGACACUCUCCGAAGAGGCGUGGAUGUGGGCGUGGCUAUACUGCUACAGUCAGCCAAUCAGAGGUUGUUGCUGACCAGGCGUGCUCAUGCCCUGAGGAUUUUUCCUAAUGUGUGGGUCCCACCUGGCGGCCAUGUGGAACUUGACGAAAAGCUGUUGGAUGCAGGCCUGCGGGAGCUGAGGGAGGAAACUGGACUUAAACUGGACCCUGAGGACAUCUCCUCCUCUCAGCUGCUGGGCCUCUGGGAGUCUGUAUACCCACCCAUGCUGUCCCGAGGACUGCCCCAGAGACAUCACAUUGUCACCUACAUGCUGCUCUGCAGUAACCAUACACACCUGCAGCUACAGUCCUGUAUGAGGCCAGAGCCUGCCGAGGUCAGUGCGUGUGUGUGGGUUGAUGCAGGACUGGUCAGGGCUAUCGUAUCUGCUGUGGAUGGGGAGGAAAAGUCUUUUCAUAUACCUGCUGAUCUUCCUCAGUCUGUCAGCGUUACUGAAGUGUCUCCUGAAGGUGAGCUGAGCGAGUCCACUCUGCCCGUGUCAGUGUUCUGUAACCGGGCCUCGGCUGAGGGCGAGGAUGUGGAGCGGGUCAGCACAGGAACCAAGUAUGCCUUAGAGCUCUGGCUGAGUACCCAGGCAGCUAGCUGUGAGAAGGGUUAACUGCAGCAGAUACGUUCUCACUCUUAGACCUGAUCUGUGGAACCCAAAUAAGCACCUGAUAUUUACCUUCAUAAUGCACUAAGGUUGUUUUCUUUAAGCACCAUUGAAAAGAUGAUGAGCUUACUAGGAGCUUACUUCUGAUAUGCAUGUAAGCAUGUGUGCUCUUUUCCUAAAUAUUUUAAUUAAUCUAAUUAAACAUGAAAUGCUUUCCAGCCACAA